AUGAAGCCGUGGUCGUGGCUGUGGGGAUCGCAGGAGGCCAGGGCCCCCGACGUGGUCGCCGCGGAGCGCUCUAUCCCCAAGGAUGACCUGCUGCGAAUGAAAGCGGCGUUCAAGACACAGACCGGCGCCUCGGGCACGAAGGACAACCCGAUUCUGCCCUUCGCCGGGUUCAAGGCCCUGCUGCACAUGACGGACGCCCUCUGGGGUGACAUUGCCGAUUCGCUGUGCCGCGCAGUGGAUCGGUCGCGCAGGGGCGAAAUCGCUUUCGAGGAUUUCGUCGUGGCGCUGCGACGGUGCGAGAGGGGGUCGGAUGCGGAGAGGGCCGGGUUCGCGUUCGGCGUGCUGGACGCGGACGGGGACGGGCGGGUGGGGCGGACGGAGCUGGAGGCUGGAGUCAGGGCGUGCGCGGCGGUGGUCGGCGGGGAGAGCGAGACAGAUGAUGUUGCAGGGCGGGUGGCCCUGGGGGCUACCAAGAUGUGUAGAAGUGGUGACCCAGACAGCACUGGCUCCCUGGACCAAGGGACCUUCGAAAUGUGGUCGAAGAAGGUUCCUUCUGUCAGCCUUGUGCUGUGCUCCCUCCUCCAAAGAUGGCCCGGCCAAUCACCAACACUGUCCAUCCAUACCCCCAGGCUGGAAAUGGAUGACCAAUGGACUGGCAAGGAGCUCCUUCUCAAACACAGCUGGCUUUGGCUCCUGUGCGGGGGUCUGCCAUCGCAGCAGUGCCUGAAGUGGCACCUCCUCUUCCACAGCAGCGUUCAUGGGAAGAGUUUCAACACAUUCAUGGGUAAAGUGAAGGGACGCGGUGCGACCCUGAUGAUUGUCAGGGACUCAGAAGGCCACUGUUUUGGCGGCUUUGCGCCGCUGCCUUGGAAGAAGCAGGGAUCAUUCUAUGGCGACUACUCAUCGUUCCUCUUCACAUUGGACCCACACUACUCGAUGUACAAAGCCAGCGGCUCGAACGACCAUUUCCAGUGGUGUGGCCAGGGCUUCAGCCAGCUGCCCAAUGGCGUCGGAUUCGGAGGCCAGGUCGGCCAUUUCGGGCUGUUCAUCGACAGCACAUUCGACGGCGGUAUGAGCCGGCCGUCGGCGACGUUCUCGAGCCCAUGCCUCGCAUCUGCGCAGACCUUCGGCGUGAAGGACGUGGAGUGCUGGCUGGUCGAGCCUGUGGAGGACGACGAGUUGGCACCUGGAGAUUCGAGCAGUGUGCUGGACAAGUACAAGGAAGAUCAGCGGGUUAUGGAGCUUGCAGGGAAGCAGAAGUACAGCGAUGGUUACCGAGAUUGA